AUGAAAGACCAUAUCAUCUCCCGAUAUCGUACUGCUUCCUCCCGUUCUCCGAAGGCUGGUCCUCAGGCGGUUCACGCGGCAAGAAAUGCCUUAUCAGUUCUACGACGAGCAAAUGAAGGCUAUUCACGGCCUCUCGAGAAGGUGUUAUUACUGUCAUAUGGUCGCACUGGGAGACGGCGACAUGAGCUCCUGGCAAAAAUGUUAACGCCGGAAAUCCCCAAUGAUUCUACGGCUCUCAAGGAGCUAAUCUCCCGGCCUACUGAUUUCAGUGAUGGCUGGGAACCAUCAGCUAUCGUGAAAAGUCUCGCAGCCUCUCAGAUGCAGAACACAGUGGUUGCAUCAGUCCGCAUCAGGCCCUUGAUCAAACAAUUGGAACCCCCAAUCCCCAAGCAGGACAGCUGGGGCAAAGAAGUGUGCCAAUCUCGGAAGAAAAAUAUUCGGAGAAAAUGGUACAACGCCACAUUGAGCAGUCUCCUUCCUCCAUUGCCAGAGAAGGACCUCCAGGUGCUUGAGGGACUUAUAUCGGGGAAUGUGCCAUGGGAGCCUGUCAAAAGAAGGGGUUCAACUCCCCAGAUUUCCCAGACCAGGUCUGAGACCAAGUCUAGUGGUGAGCUCUUCCAGUUGCUGGCUAGGGGUCCUGAAAAGGGUACCACCUUUGCGGCAUAUGCCAACGGUCGACCACAUACAAUUACAUUCCGGCUUAUGCGUCGUCAAUGGAGACGCCUUUCUGCUCUUGUGCCACGACAGUACUGGAAUCCGAUAUCACAAAAGUGGCGCUUUAUUUGGGAUUCACCAAAACCAAUCCCCAAACUGUCCUUCAGUCUGGACAGUAGCAUCGACCCAGAGGCCUUUUUCAAACAGCCAAUCCAGGCGAAGGAAGACAAGGCCGAGGCGCGUCAAACCUCUCAAUAA